AAAAAUGAUGACACCUUACAGACAAUUCAACGGAUGGAGGAAAAGAUUAAGGCCUUAUCAAGAGAAAAUGCAGAAAUAAAGGAGAAGUUGUCCACUGUGGGUUCUCUGAAGUCACACCCAUCCCUGGAUGAUCUGAGCAAUGCUCAGGAGCAAGAGAUUGAAUUCCUGAGGCUUCAAGUUAUGGAACAGCAGCAAAUCAUUGAGGACAUCACAGUGGAAAGAGAACGAAUACUGCGUUUCAAAAAGCCCAAAAGAAAAAGUUUGAAACAUCCAAAGAGGCAUGUUGUGGAGACGUUUUUUGGAUUUGAUGAAGACUCUGUUGAUUCAGAAACUUCUUCAGUCACCUCCUAUACCACUGAUAGAACAGACAGGACGCCUGCAACGCCUGAAGAAGAUAUUGAAGAUAGCACCCCCAAAGAGGAGGCUGAUUUAAGGUUUCGUCAGCUGACACGCGAGUACCAAGCGCUACAGAGAGCCUAUGCCUUACUCCAAGAGCAAGUAGGGGGAACAUUGGAUGCAGAACGAGAAGCAAGGACUCGGGAACAGCUCCAGGCUGAUCUGCUGCGAUGUCAGGCCAAAAUUGAAGACUUGGAGAAUUCUCUGUGUGAUAAAGGACAGGAUUCCAAGUGGGUGGAAGAGAAACAGCGGCUUCUGCGGAAAAAUCAGGACUUGUUAGAAAAGCUCUUUAAGUAUGAAUUGGAGGAGAGCCAGCUGAAAAAUGAAAUCCAGGAUGCCAAAGACCAGAAUGAACUGUUAGAGUUCCGGGUGUUAGAGUUGGAAGAGAGAGAACGAAGGUCUCCAGCCUUUAACCUUCAUAUAGCCAGCUUCCCAGAAAAUAAUGGAAGCGCCCUGCAGCUAUUCUGUCAGCAGGAAGGAAUUAAGGAUGUGGACAUUUCAGAGCUCAUGAAGAAGCUGGAUAUACUUGGCGACAAUGGGAAUUUGCGGAACGAAGAACAGGUUGCAGUAAUUCAAGCGGGUACUGUGUUAUCUCUCUGUGAAAAGUGGCUAAAACAGAUCGAGGUGACGGAAGCUGCCCUCACACAGAAAAUGAUCGAUCUGGAAAAUGAGAAGGUAAGACUCCCAGACUUGUUCAGCAAGCAGAAAGGUUACUUAGAAGAAGAACUUGACUACCGAAAGCAAGCACUUGAUCAAGCAUAUAUGGAGCUAGAGGCCACUCUGUAUAAUGCUUUACAACAUGAGCCCGGGAAGAGAGUCAGCGAAUGUUUGAAUGAGGCCCAAAGAGAAGACUUGAGGUUGGCCGUAGACAAGCUGCGAAGGCAAAUACUGCGGCAGAGCCGCGAGUUCGACAGCCAAAUCCUUCAUGAACGCAUGGAGCUCUUACAACAGGCACAACAGAGAAUCCGUGAACUUGAAGAUAGGAUAGAACUUCAAAAACGACAGCUGAAAGAAAUAGAAGAGAAGUUUUUGUUCCUUUUUUUGUUUUUCUCACUAGCAUUCAUUCUGUGGCCUUGA